CGGAAACUUCAAAAUGGCGUCUGCUGUCGGGAAAAGAUGCAAGGGUGGAGGGAAGGAAAGAGGUUCUCCAAAGGUAUCUAGAUCUAUGAAUAAUUCUACAGCAUUGGAUUCCAUGACAGCUGACCAGGACCAAAGCUAUGGUGUAGAAAAUGGCAGUCCAGAUUUACCUACCAUCAAUGAAAGACUUGGUCAGCUUCGGCCUUCAAGAGAAUUACUUGAAUACUACAGGAAAAAGAUUGCAGAAUAUGACGAGGAACAUGACUUCAUGGCUAGCAAAUUGGAAGAGUACAAGAUCACCUAUGAAGAACAGCAUAAGUUGCAAUGGGAACUGCGACAAAGGGAAGAGGAAAUCGUAGAGUUACAGAAGGCCCUCAGUGAUAUGCAGAUAUACCUUUUCCAAGAGAGGGAACACGUGCUACGAUUGUACUCCGAGAAUGACCGAUUAAAGAUACGAGAGCUUGAGGACAAGAAGAAGAUCCAGCAGCUCCUGAGUCUGAGUGGUACCACAGAGAGUGAGAUCACUUAUUUUCUCAAGGAACCUCCAGCCAAGGCCAUAGUUGAACAGAAAACCAAAAACCGUCCACAGAGUGCUGUGGAGACAAAACAGAACAAAGGCCUGAAAAAGAAGCAGCUUCCUUUAUCAGAGAGGAGACAGUCUAUGUCGCCGAACCCAGAGGAAAAGUAUAAACAUGACAACGAGGUGCUAGCCCUCCAAGUAGAGGCUCUGCAAGCUCAAUUGCAGGAGCAGACCAAGCUGGCCAAAGAGCAGACUGAGGCAUUAGCAGAGGACAGAAAGGUUAAGGAAGAGGAAAUGGCCACACGACAACAGAGAGAUGAGGCUAAGAUACAUACACUCACAGAGAAACUUCAUAAAACACAAGAUCUGUUAUAUGAGAGUACAAAAGACUUCCUAGAGCUGAGGUACCAGGGUAGGGCCCAUGAGAGGCAGUGGAUGGCUGAGAAAGAUCGGUUACUUAGGGAGAUGGACGACUUCAAGCAGCAGCUCAAUAUAUCUAAGGAAUCAGUAUUAAAUGUGACAGAUGGUGGCACAUACGAAGGCAGAGCCCACCAUAUAGAAGAAGUUAAGGCACUUGAGUAUCAACUACAGCAGUCACAGAAGCUGGCAGAAAUGUAUCGGGAACAGGUGAUACAGUUAGAGGAUGAGUUGUCACGGAUACGUGAGGAAGGGGACGUCACAAGGGAGGUCUUCAAGGGCCGUAGUGACAAGAUGACAAAGCGACUGGCAAUGAUGAACCAGCGGUAUCAGGAUCUUGAGCGGAGGAGGAAUCUUGAGGUGGAGGGCUUCAAAAAUGACAUCAAAAAUCUGCGGUCUAGACUAAAGGAUGUAGAGCGACAGCUUUAUAAAGUGACGAUGGGUUUCGCUGAAGACAUGGAUAUAAAACGUCCUGAUGACAUAGACAUGCAGAUUUUGAGGAAUGUGCAUGCCACUGCAGGACGAUCAAAGAAAAUUGUUGGAGAACUCAAAAAUCUAAAAGCCAAAAUGUAUGGCAUUGAAAACAAUUUAAAACAUCUGUGAUAAUUUGGAAUGUUUGUUUGUGAGAGAAAUACAUGAGGUAUGAAUGAGGAGUGUUUAUUUGGUGUAAGUUUGGUGUUUGUGAGUGAUUGACAUGAACAAUAAUGAGAGAGAGAACUGGUCUCUCCACAGACUUCCUUUCAGAAGUAGUUUCUUUCACCAAGAUUGACAUGUUUAAAUUUUGAUUUUGCUCUCACAAAUUUGUAUUGUCAUCUACAUUUGGAAUAUAGUUGGAACAGAUUAGAGAGACAUUAAAAUCAUGAGGCGUUUCAUUGCCAAUCAUAAGUUUCUAUAUGGACCCGACUCUGGAUUGAAUUAAUUUCUUUUGAUACUCUAUUUGGAAGAUGUGUAAAUUGUAGUAGUUAAUCUGUUAUUGGUUAAGUAUGAAUGACUGUAUUCUGUUUAACUGAGAAGUGAGCAGUAAAAAUUUUCCAGAUUGGAGACUUUAUUUUUCCUUUUUGGAAUCUUGUGUUUGGGAGUUAAGGGAGAUAGCUCUCAUCAGUAUACUGUCAGAUUUCUGGUGUAUAAGGAAUAUGUAUCUGAAGUAAGAGUAUCCCAGUAAAGUACAAUGGUGAAGUUGAAACAACAAAAUCCAUAUUGAACUAAAAGAAAAAUUUAUCAAACAUUUAUUGAUUUGUUGUUUUGCCAAAUUAGUCCUUAAUCCGGGACUAUUGAGUUAAAUCUCCAUUCAUGAAAAUUUCAAGAAAUAUGAUAAUGAUGAGAUUGUUGAACAGUACAAACCAGCAGUUUGAUAUUUGAAUCCAUACUUGGUUGUGAACAGAUUUGUGCCUAUGAUAUGCAUGUCUAAAUCACCUUCUUUCAAAAGAGUUCCUCAUUGCACUAAAUACUAAUUAAGGUAUUUCAAAUGAUGACAACAUAUUUUUUUUUUAAUAUUUAGAUAGAAAAUAGCUAUAUUAUAUAUUCUUUUCUCAGGUAAGAUAAUGAAUUAUUUUAAAAAGUUAGGUUCUUAAGGGAAGGAUCAUUCUACUUUCAACUAUGGUACACAGUAAAUGAGAACAUGAAACUUAUAAGACAUUGGUUACUUGAUAUUGUUAGAUACAGAGUGUGAUCCAGCAUCGUUCUUCAACAACUUGAAAUUUAUUUAUUUUGUGAAGAAAAGUGAUUGCUUGUCCAUUCACGUUCUGAUAUUUGUAAAACAAACGUGCACAUGAUUAGUGCCUACUGUAGAAGUGGUGCCAGUAUGUUAUAUACCAUUUAGAUUCCUGUAAAUUAUUUGUAACAUAGAUAUGUACACUGGAUUAUGUAUAGAUAGAGAUUCUGGAAAUAACUACUAUGACAAAAUAAAAUCUAAAUCAUA